UUUUUAUAUAACUACAGUUUAAACUAGUUUUUAAAAUGUUUGCUAUAAGUUAUAUAUACAUUCUUAAUGAUACCUACUUUUUAUUUCUUUGCGAAAAUCAUGUGUAUUUCAACUUUAGGGCUGCGAAGUGUUUUGUUUUAGUAAACAGUAAUGAUAAUAUUAAUUCUAUCAAACAAAAUUGAGGGUUUGUAUACGAUCUGAAAUAUAACAUUGUCUCCCGCUUCGUGGUCGUGCGAUUUUUGUAAUGACGCAUCAGCACUCCACUCAAUUACUAUUACGUGCAAUUACUAUUAUAAAUACGCAUCCCACGUGACACUCACAUGACAUUCUAGCCGCUGAUUGGGUGGGUUAAAGUUACAAUCAGAAUUUGUUCUUUCCAGGCUUUAAAUCUACAUUUCAGUCCAUCUGUCCGUUAUCCUUCCUGAGAAUUUUGACCAUGUAGUGGAAUCAUCGCUUUGAAGAUUUAAGAAGUAAUUAACCGUGUCUAAUGCCAUGGCUUCUGACGAACUGCAAGAAAAAGCAAAUUUUACAAGACUUAGUAGACUUUUAGUUGACAAAGGAACUGAGGCUUUGAGAAAUACAUUUGAUGCCAUCCAUCCACAUGUUAGUCUACCCGGAGUACUAGCUACAAACAAAACAUCUCUUCAAAAGUUAAAACCUCGAAUUAUUAAUAAUUCCCAGUGGGAUUUACUGUUCCCUCCGUCUGGCAACCCUCCAGAUUCCAAAACCUUUGAUAUCACGUUACUUACAGUUCUAUUCCGGAAUAUUUGUGGUUUUCCCUCGACAGGAUGGGGUGUAAUGCCUCCGGAUACUGAUAGAUCGACGCAAGCGAAUAUCACAAGAAUCAAGUAUUACAGAAAUGAAGUUAUUGCACAUGUAACAACAACUCGAGUUGAGAAUUCAUUAUUUCAAUUUUUAUGGAAGAAAAUCUCCAAGGCAUUGGUAGAAUUGGGAAUUCCGCAAAGCGAUGUCGACGAUUUAGAAAAAUGUCUUCUAGGACCCGAAGAAAAAAUAUAUGUCCAAAUGCUUGAAGAUUGGAAACUACGAGAAGAUGAGUGUAUUAAAAAACUUAGAAGAAUUGAAUGUUCUGUAAAUCAUUUAACACAAGUCGCUGAAGAAACGCGCAUUGGACUAAAUGAAUCGCGCGAUGCAGUAAAUGAAACGCGCGAAGCAGUAAAUGAAACGCGCGAAGCAGUAAAUGAAACGCGCGAAGCAGUAAAUGAAACGCGCGAAACAGUAAUUGAAAUCCGCCAUUCAUUGGCUAAACGAUCGCUAUCAAUACCCGGGGACACCAAUCCUGAAAAAAAAUCCCGCAUGGAAAGUGAUGAAGAUUUAUUGCGAAAACUUCCUAAGCAUAAUUUUAUGGGUAAAAUUCGAAGAAAAGUGAAUUUUUUCCUUCCUGGAACAAGAAAGUGGUUGUUAAGGAACGUUGACGAGUGGUUUCAAAAGUGUGACAGCGAUUCGAGGAUAAGGUUAAUAACAGCUGGACCAGGAUUUGGUAAAAGCGUUUUCGCCGCCAAAAUCUGUGAUGGUUUUGGGAAGAAAGGAAAGCUGGCUGCUUGUCACUUUUGUGAUUUCAGUAAUUCAAACCUAAGAGAUCCUAUGGUGAUGAUGCAGUCUCUCGCAAGUCAGAUGUGUGGGAAUGUCCCUGGUUUUAAAAAGAAGCUUCUGGAUCAGUUAAAGCGACCUCAUCAAGUUCAAAAUCUCAGAGAUGCCUUCCAAAUAUAUUUACAAAAUCCCUUAGAUGAAUUGGAAAUAAAAGAGCCACGUUUAGUCGUGAUCGAUGGCUUGGAUGAAAGUGCUGCUGAUCAUAAGAAUGAAAUUACGCAUUUGAUUGCCGAAUAUUUUCCUGAUCUUCCCGAGUACAUCAAAAUAUUGGUGACGAGCAGGCCAGAGAUUUCCGUUGCUGAUCUAAGACUAAGAAACGAUCAAAAGACAAACAUUGCGAAUGUUAACGCCAACAAUAACUCAGAUCUUGAACUUUAUUUUAAAGAUUGUCUUCCAAGUUUAGUUGGCAGGGAAGUAAAUCAAAGUGAAGUGAGCCGUGAUUUGUAUGAGUAUCCACAUCUUCACCACUUAAGAUGGCGUAAAUCUAUUAGUUUACUUUCCAUUUUUGUUGCCAAAUGCCAGGGCUCAUUUCUCUAUGCAUAUUACUUUCAAUCUGGGCUAAGGGGUCGCUAUAAUGUUGAGAAGAUAACAGAUAAUGACGUUUUGGCGUUUCUCCCAGAAGGUAUGAAUUCUGUUUACCAAGGAUAUUUUAGACGCCUUGAAGACGAGCUUAGCGCCAUAAAACAUGAAAAGUUUGAUGUGUUGAAAAUUUUGGAAAUGCUGGCUGCUUCCGAAGGAUAUCUUCCCCUCACUUUCAUCGCUCAGGCUUUUGGUUUAGCUCCAGAUUGUCGCGAAACGAAAGACAUUAUCAACAAAAUUAAUGAAACCGUAUCGUGCUUGUUGUACGUUUCAGAUGACAGGUUAACCGUUUUUCACAAAUCCGUUAUUGAUUGGCUUCUGGCAAAGAGCUACAAAGAUCACCAGUAUGCUGUCAAGCUCAAUGAUGGACAUAGAUCGCUUUGGCUUUUAUGCGAAAAGGUUUUUAAAGAAAUUAAAGAUAAAGGUGUUCGCUCAGGACUUGAGGUGAAGUUUACUAAUGACGUGGAAUACGCUCUGAAACAUGGUUUAAAACAUCUAGAAAAGUGUGAAAUGGAGGAAGGUGUCUUUUGGUCAGUUGAUGUUAUUAUCGUAUGUUAUAUGUUAACUGUAAACGAUUCAGAUGUAUUGCUGCGUUUCUGGCUCACAAUACUGCAAUGUUCCUGGAUUAAAAAGGAAGAUUUACGCGCCUGCAUUUCGUACCAUGUCAGUGAAUUUGGGCCUUUGGAAAGUGCCCUGGAAUUCGUAAUAGAACAUUACGAGUAUUCAAAACAAUUUCUUUCGACAGUAGUUUCACAAUCGUAUUUACAAGGGGUUCUUACACAUUCUCCAGAAGGUUAUUUUAGCGUUGAUGAGAAGAAAAUCGCGGAGACGCUACUAUCAAACGUUUCACCUUUUGUCGAGUCGAAUUCUUACGAAGUUUUGGUUUUGCCGCGAGCAGUCUGGAAACACAGUGACUUUGGUCUUAUUACAGCUGUUGCUUUAUCUAACGAUGCGAAAAGGGUAGCAGUUGUAAUAGAGAAUUUUAUCCAUGUGUUAUCCCUACCAACUUUAGUUGAAAUUAUGAAUUAUUCAACAAAAUUGAAAAGAAUUUCAUGCUGCACAUUUUCUCCAGACGAUUCGCUCAUAUUAUUUGGUAAACUGGAAACGGCGUUUAACAUUGCUGGAAGAAAGGAAGUUCCAUUUUUCCCUGGAAAUGAAGAGACGUUCGAGACCUGUGCAUUUUCCCGUAACGGGAAAAGACUGGUGACUAGCGACGGUUCAAAUACCAUUAAACUAUGGGACGUUGCUAAACAAAAAAUGCUGUCGUCGCUUUGUGCUGGAUUUCCUGUUCGUUGGUGUUCUUUUAGCGUCACAGGGUUAUUUAUUAUUGGAAAUUCGGAUUCUCUAUCUGAUCCGGGUUAUUCGUUGUGUGUUUGGAACGCCAUCACAUUGCAAAGAAGUGAUAAGCGAAAAUUAUCUCAGGGGGAAAGGGAGAAACCAGAUGUGUUAAAGAGUACGAAAUGUGAACGAUGUUUUCAGCGGGUAUUUGAGGCACUAAAUUCUAAACACUUAGAAAUAAGGAAAAGUUGGACUCAAUAUGAUAUGUUUUUGUGUCCGUGGAUCUGCAAAGGUGUGGUGUGUAUUUUUUCGGAAGAAUUUUGUUAUUCGAGUGACACAGAAAGUAUUCCUUUGACUGCGAUUGUUGCUUGGAACUAUCUUCUUGCUGCUCCUGACAAUCGUUUCCGUGCAAUCAAAAUACCAGCCUUAGAAGAUAAUCUGUGGCUCUAUUCAGAUUUUGUAAAACUAAUUGUCUUUAAAACAUUAGCUCCUAAACAAGCGCAAUUAUGUCUGUCGCAGGCAACGGUCGUUUAUUCGAGUUCGUUUUCUCCUGACGGCUCUCGACUUGCAUCCUGCAACUCAGAUGGAUAUAUCAACGUAUGGAAUGUCUAUACCAGUCAAGUUGAACAACGUUUCAAAAUCAGUCAAUGUGGGUCAAGGUUUUUAUGCUGGUGGUCGGAAGAUUUCUUGUUUGUGAUUAGUGAAUUUAACGAGAUUCCCAAAUUAACGCGAUACCCGGUAGAUGACAAUCUAGAGAUCGUGUUUACUCACAGUCAGGACGUGGCGCUAGAGAACUUUUCUGAAGACUUGUCUGAAUUCAGGCAAGAGGGCUGGUCUGACGGCCUAUAUUCAAAGCCAAAGGUUGGUUUUUCUGAAGGCUUUGUCAGCUUGGCUCUCGGAGGCUUCAAACCCGCGAUAGUUCUCGAUGUCAGAGAUGUUGAUGGUCCUGUAAUGCUCAAUUUGCCUGGAAUUGAGCCUGAGAUGGAAAUGGAAAUCUCGCCUGGUGGUGCCUUUAUCUCUGGUUGUAAUAAAAAUGAAUGUUAUAUUUGGAAAAGAAAUACCAAAAAACCAACUUCGUAUGAAGUCUUUUAUCACCGUGAUGCUUUAAGAUUCCGCAGUGAAUUAGCCGUAAGAUUCGGUAAUGAUUCCGACGUCGCUAUAGUCAUGGAGAGGAGUAUUGAUGAGAAUCAGAUAAUUGAUCUGAACACUGGUGAUUGUCAAAAUAUAGCGUCUCGAUUCAAUCCUGUUCAUUCGUUCACCAGGUCAUUUUGUAUUAACAUGAGAGAAAUUGUAUUAGCUUUAUUUGAUAACCUGAUAAUAUUUUUUGAUAUGUACUCUGGGGCGAUUCUCGACACGUCCUAUCAUCGAUACUUGAAGGCUUUUACGUCAAGCCAAGCAAUUAAACUUUCCCCAAAAGAGACCAUGCUGGCUUAUCCUGACCGUAAAGGCGAUAUGGUGUUUCUUCGACUGUCUAUUCCACAAAAUCCUUUGUUGAACGAUAUUAAGCAACUAGCAGUUGCUAGGUUGGACUAUAUUAAACAAGGGAACUUCCUUCGUUGAACGAUAUUGAGCGAGAUGCUGUAGUCAAUCCUUGUAAUCAAUGUCUCUCGCGGAAAAACUUU